CUGCUCACUGCUUAACACACUGUUCUCAUUAUUACAUCACUAAUGGCUAAUGUUUCAGAUGUGUUUGUACCUCUGUGUGCAGAUGAGGAAACGAUCGCACUUCAGUCGGAACUGGAGGCUGUGGAGAAGCAGAUCCAGGAUCUACUAGAGAAGCAGUCACGGCUGCGAGAACGAAAAACGGCGCUGGAAACAUCCAGAGCUGACGCUCGCAAAUCCGCGGUAAGUUUUCAUCGCGAUUUUAAUACUCCUUCCACUUCUACUCCGCGUGUUUCUCUGCACAGAGCCCAGGCUUCGAGAACACGGUCAGCCCAAAUGAACUUCACUCCUGCACCGGCACACCCACGGCGAAAGGCGCGAGCUAGGACUGGAGCGAUGACCCAACCGCCGCCACCGGUCUUCGAGAUCCCGACCAGGAACCGCUUUGCCGCCCUCUGCGAGACGGAAUGCAACGCUGUGGUCAUCGGAGACUCAAUCGUCCGGAACGUACCUGCGAUCCUGAAGGACGAUGCUAACGUCGGAGCUGUCGUGCUGCACGCGGGGGUGAAUGACGUCAGGAUGAGGCAGUCGGAGAUCCUGAAGAGGGACUUCAGGAGUCUGAUCGAGACGGUACGCAACGCAUCGCCCACGGCGAGGAUCAUCGUAUCAGGGCCGCUUCCUACCUACCGACGAGGGAAUGAAAACUUCUGGAAGAAAUGAAGAAGUUGGAUUUUCCUCUUAAUGGUCGUCAGGUGAAAUAUGAUGUUAAUGGUGAUCCAGCUGUCAGUUAUGCAGUUGUGCUGUGGCACACUGAAACAAAACCUCCAU